UAUUCAUUAGAAUACUUUAAAAAGUUCUGUUAAAUCUUUUAUAUAUCCUCUAUAUUUCUCUGGUAAAUCAAACAUAAAUACACAAGUUUCGAUAGAUUUCUUGUACUCUUUUUUUUCCAAUUUCCACAAAGACCAAGUUUAAUUACGCUAAUUUCGGCUGACUUUUUGUGGCUUUCAACUUUUAGACUUACUUUUUAUUAUAUCCAUUCACAUAUAUGGUCUCAGUUUAUUUGAAAUUAAAAGUUUCAUUGAUUUGGCAAUAAAAAAAAAGUAAUCAAGGUGUGCCAUUUCUAUGCUACCGAAACAAUUUAUACGCUUCAGUUAGCGCGGCUACAAAUUUUUUUGGCUAUUCUUUCUGUAUAUGCUGCAGUAUAUAUAGAGAUAGAUAGAUAGAGAUAUAUUCAUAUGUAUGUCAUGUGCAAUAAAAAUGAUUUGUCGCUGGGUUUUUGAUCAAAUAGGUAAAUAAGACUUUUUGCAAGCUUUAGAAAAUGUCAACAUCUGUUUGCUAAUUGAAUGCUCAAUCAACUUAGUUAUAUUAAUGAAAAUCGUAUAGAGAGAUAGCACAUAUGGAUGUUUGGAAAUGAAAAUUGCUUUCAUUAACUGACAAUUUAAGUGCAUGAGAACUGCAUAGAGGGGUGCGAAAUGAAUACCUUUAGCUAUUCCACUUAGAAUUUUGUAACUUCCUUAAUUAGGUACAAUCAAUGCUAGCGCCAUUUAGUGAUCACUGAUCAGUGUACGGUAUUAUUGAGUCGACAAGUCUUAUUACUAUUUGAUUUAUUGAUAGAAUUAUAUUUAUACAUAUGCAUGUCGAUAGCAGUUAAUUAUAGUGGCUUGAAGUAGCAUUAAAACAAUUCAAACCCGUUUUAAAUUGACCUCCAGACUAGAGAUGACAGCGUGUUGAAAAUGUAAUUAUCAAUUAACUUUUUAUUUAAUUUUAAUAUUGGACAGUGUGAUGAGGGACUGAAUAGGUAUAUAUAUACAAAACUUUAAUUAUGGAAGCUUUAAUAAUAAAGCUUUUCUCUGCCAAUUCGCUUUACAACUCUCGUGAGCAUUACAUAGAGAGGAGCGAACUGAAUUCUUAUGAAUUCAUAAAAGUAAUAGAAUAACUCAUAUAUAGAGACUUAUUUUUCGUGCUUCUUAGAUAUAAUUUAAUAAUAUAACGAUGAUUGGCUUGCCCAUCUCUAGGGCUAUGAGCUUCAGGUGUCUUGAGUUCACAGAGUUAGUUCAGUAGCUAAAUGUUAGUUUAGUAGAAUGAAUAAGUUUGCUCUGACUAGCUGGAUGUGCCUGCUAGGCUUCAGCUCUAUGUUGGCCUUACGUUUGGAGCCUUGCGAGUUGGCUGGUCAGCUUUAUAUAUUGGAUGUACCUAAAGUGGAACUGCCCCUAUGGUUGUGCAUAGCCGAUUUCGAGAGUCGCUUUAAUACCCAUGUUAUCGGACGGGCCAAUUCGGACGGCAGUCGGGACUAUGGACUCUUUCAGAUCAGCGAUCGAUAUUGGUGUGCCCCGCCGGAGAAAACAGCCUACCACGCGUUCAACGAAUGCAAUGUGAACUGCACCGAGCUCUUGAGCGAUAAUAUCACAUCGGCCGUUCGCUGUGCCCGACUUAUCAAGAAGCAACAGGGCUGGACGGCCUGGUCUGUUUAUGCAGAGUUCUGCAAUGGAACGCUUACGGAUGCGGAUAAGUGUUUCCAGCAAACAACCGAAGCAGCUACAACCGAACCGAUUCUGCAAAUAGAAACCACAACCUUUGACCCGGAAAUAGAUUAAACUGUUGUCAUAUUUUGUAUUCAGCUCUUAUCACUGCCUCUUUAAGUGAAUUAUAUACUUUUAAAAUAUAUAUUAGUAGUAUAUCUGACAAUACUCGGCGUUGUGCGUUGAAGAUGAAA